ACCGUGGGGAACGUGCACACCGCCCGGUAUUGGACCAGGCUCACGAGUUGAUCCUCUGACGAGACUGACACGCGGGCUCCCUCAGUCUACUGGUCUAGGAUGAUGGCUCUGGGUCUUUUGAUAUUACUAAUUGGGGGUGUUCUGAAUGAAGUAGGAGCCACCACAUUAGGAGGCGAGGCAACGGAGACGACUCCGGUCCGAUGGUGGUGGAACGAUUCCACUAAGCCCAGACGUCAGGAGAACACCACGUGUCUGGAGAAUCAGUCUUGCAAUGUCCUCAACAUUACGACUGGUGACGGGUGCACCAUCUACUCCUCGAACUUGAAGGUGCCGGGGGUAAAACCACAGAAGUAUCUGAUUGAGUGCUCUGAAAACUUAAAUAUUACCUGGACGUCGAAAGUAACUUGGUGUAUGGGGCCCUGGAACGGCUCCAAGGUACAGUGCGAGGUCAAUGCAACAUCAGGCGAAUACACCUCUAAUAAGCCUGGGCCCAUUGGCUGGAUCAAUGCAACUGAAAUUAUUAACAGGACUAUACCAAUGCUUGCUAUAGCCGUGUGGGCUAGAACCCCCAUAACGAGACAGUCACAUGUAGAACCAAUAAUUGACACAUGUAAACUUGUUUCUAUGACAGCAAAAAGGACUAAGGUUACAUGGCAAGUGACGUUUCCACUGUUGCCACAGUGUAAGCGUGCUAAACGGGUUUGA